CUUCCUCAAGGGUUUGCUUCAAUUUCAUAUCCGACCCAGAAAUCUCGCUUCUUUUUUUUUUCUUUUCUUGAAGAACCACGGCAUCAGAACCAUGGCGUGGAACGUGUUCAAGUUCUGCACAGCACUUCGCGCCUUGGGUUCGAUCAUGAUCCUUUUCGUUAUCGGUAUCAUCGGAUUCACUUACUACGCCGUCGUACUCGUGAAUUACGGACCGUCUCUGUUACACGGAGGUCUCGAUUCGUUUAUAGCUCUUCUCGUUUUAGCUCUGUUUCACUUCCUGCUUGUAAUGCUACUAUGGAGUUAUUUCUCUGUCGUUGUGACGGACCCUGGUGGUGUACCACCGGGUUGGAGGCCGGAGUUAGACAUAGAGAAAAGCGAUGGAAAUGAAGCAGCUAUUGCAGAAGCAAGCCCACGUUCGGCUGGAGAUUCCUCUUCUCAUAUUUUUUACACAUUUCUUGAGACAACGGUAGUUGCUGUAUCACUGUUUCCAGUUUUCCUCGUAUUCUUUACCGAUGGAGAGGAUGAGAUUACCAUAUCACUAGGAAGCCUAGCAUCUACCUUUAUUGCAUUCAUAUUGAACAUAGCAUUUGCGCUAAGUGUCCUAGGCUUCCUAAUCAUGCACAUAAUGCUAGUCGCUCGUAACACCACAACUAUUGAGGCAUAUGAGAAGUAUACAGCUCCGAACUCUCCUUAUAACCUUGGUCGUAAGGCAAACUUUGAACAGGUUUUUGGGAGGGAUAAAAUGUAUUGGUUCGUGCCAUUGUACACAGAAGAGGACACGAAGAGGUUGCCGGCACUUGGAGGGUUAGACUUUACGAGCAGGUUGGAGGAGGAGUCAGAGCCGCUUCAGUCUCUAUGACCUUAAAACUACAAAACUUUUGGAAAUGGGUCUGUGUGUGUAUUAAAGAUUAGUGUUUUUUUUUUUAUAAUGGAAUUUGAUAUUUAGUGUUCAUAAGCUUAUUAGCAGAGACAACAUGUUCAAUAUUUUUUGGAAUUCUUAGCUGAAUAUAUUUUUAGAUUUAUGUUUGGUAAAUUUUUAAAAAUAUUUGACCUUUAC